UCUGUCCUCAGUGCGUGCUAUGCUCCUAUCGAAGAUGGGGAGGAGGUAUUCAAACAAAUGCGUAUUCAUGAUAUUGUUGAUGGACGGAAAUAAAUAGUGACAGUCUGAAAUACAACAAUAUUUUGCUGUUUUGAGAUUAUUUGAUUUUUAAUUGCUUUGAUCUGAAUACCGAGGAUGAUUUAUUUAAGUUAUAUUGGCAGGAGUUUAAUAACAAGUUGCAGCACAACUCGACAUUGUAUUCGUAGAUGCAGUCAGAAAACUACGACGUCACAGAAAGAAAUUAAUAAAAUACGACGAUAUGCACUUUCGCGCUACAUGCAAUUUGUUCAAGGCUAUGAGACGCUUUUGGAGAAGAAGUUCCCCGCGGCUCUACGUACGUACAGGAUAUUUACUGCCGGAAUUAAGGAUUUCUACAGAGACUUGAUGUCAUUCUUUCAGAUCUCAAUGCAGAUACAUACCGCUCUGAGAGAUCGCGCACUUUUAAGUCGAGGUGAACUUGAAUUGUAUCACAAGAUGAAGAAAGACAUAGUGAAAGUUGCUCCAAUGCUCUUUCUAUCCGUUUUGCCUUUUACAAAUUAUAUAGUUUUGCCAAUGGUAUACCUGUUCCCUCGACAACUGCUGUGCUCUCAUUUCUGGACCAUUCAGCAGCGUGUGGAAUUUGAUGUUCAUAAUCUUCGGUCACGUUUAUACCACUGUCGACCAGUGUUCCGAGCUUUGCAGGCACAGUUGGACAAUAUAGAAGAUGAAUCCUUACACAAACCGUGGGCAAGGAUUUUAAGUUUAAUAGGAAGUGGUGUGCAUCCAAAAACCGAGGAUAUUGUGAAGUGCAUUGACUUAUUUAAAGGACACCCAUACCACAUCCUGUAUCUCUAUACUGGUCACGUUAGACAUCUUCUUAAAAUGCAUGGCAUGCAUGUUGGAUGGCGACGCAGGUACCGGUUAUCUGAUCGAGCUCGAAUCAUACACGAAAUGGAUAUGGCAAUUUUGAGGGAAGGUGGAGUGAAAGCAAUGAGCCAUGACCAGCUGAGAUGGGCUUGUUUCCUCCGUGGAUUAAAUCCUGUUAAUGUGAAAGAAGAUGAUCUGAUAGAAUGGAUAAAUAACUGGAUUGUAGUCUCAAAGCACGUGGAUGAAAGCAGUUUGUCACUUUUGCUACAUUGCCCUAUUCUGCUGGCAUACAAUCAGCCCGGUAACUGGGCACUUAUAUAUUGAGUCUCCAUUUGAAAUUUGGCUCUGUACCCUCUCAAAUUUGGUAUGUAAAUUGACAGGCAUUUCUUCAAAUUUCCACUUUCUGAUAAGUGAAUGCUGAGACAGAGCCCAGGCAAGGUAGCUGAUGCCAUGUGGGAUUUAUUACAAUGAUCAUUCUAACACUAAUAAUUUUAUGGAAAAGCUUGAACAAUCUGUGUUUAUUUUUUCAUCAUACUGUAUUAUCGGAACUAAUAAAGAAUUUUGAAAUUUC